AUGUGUCUUAUAUCAUUAAUAAUAUGUUUAACUUUAUUCAAUCAAGUUGUAUCUGUUGAAAAUUUUGAAAUUGGUGACAAGUGUUUAAGUCAGUCGGUUAUAAAUCGUUUUCAACUAAAUCCCGAACUCUAUCAAUCUUGUGAAAGUGUUAAAACUUCAAAUCGAAUUCUACAACGCACACGUCGUCGCAUUGAACCCAUACUAAAAGGAAAACCUAAACCACGCUCGGAAAUAUUGGCAGCGAAAUUCAGCUUAGGUUUUAAUACUCUAGAGGCCACUUCAUUGGUCAAGUUGCUGUUUAAAAUCGCCAAGGAACAUUUAGCUAAAUGCCCACCUGUUAUUUACUACGACAAAUAUGUCGAGCAUUCAGAGAGUGUCCUCUUGGAAAUGUUAUUUAAAUCGUUUCCCAUUACUUACUCUCAUGGCCAACUUAAUGCUCGUUAUAAGGCUAAAAAUAAAAAUUUCAAAAAUCCUAUCGAUAAUAAUUGUAAAAGUUAUAUAUUAUUUUUAUCUGAUCCUUUGAUGACACGAAGUAUUAUUGGUCCGCAGAUAGAGAGUAAAGUUGUGGUGGUAUCUAGAUCUACACAGUGGAAACUAAAGGAUUUUUUAGCAUCCGAUUUGUCGUCGAAUAUAGUAAAUCUAUUGGUGAUUGGUCAGUCCUUGGCAGCCGAUUCGAAUAUGGAACGUCCUUAUGUUUUAUACACCCACAAACUAUAUGCUGAUGGCUUGGGUUCCAACACCCCUGUUGUACUUACAAGCUGGAUAAGAGGUGGAUUAUCACGACCACACGUCGAUCUCUUUCCGAAGAAAUUUGAUAAUGGUUUUGCUGGGCAUCGUUUUCAGGUAAUGGCCGGUAAUCAACCACCCUACAUGUUUCGCAUAAAAAGUUUAGACUUUGGAGGAGGAGCGCAAUUGAACUGGGAUGGUGUAGAGUACCGUCUACUGAAUAUGAUUGGAAAACAAUUGAAUUUUUCUAUAGACAUAAUAGAUAUACCCAAUAAAUUGAAUAGUAAAAGUGCUGCAGAUAAUUUGGAUUAUAGCUUAUCGCAGCAUUUGGCCGAUGUGGGAAUGCUGGGCAUUUAUGUAACAAAAGAACGAUUAAUAAACACUGAUAUGUCGGUGGGUCAUUCAAAGGAUUGUGCGGCAUUUAUAACAUUGGCCUCAAAAGCUUUACCAAAAUAUCGUGCAAUUAUGGGUCCUUUCCAAUGGCCUGUUUGGGUGGCUUUGAUUUGCAUUUAUUUGGGUGCCAUAUUCCCCAUUGUUUUUACGGAUCGUUUAACCCUUAGCCAUUUAAUGGGUAAUUGGGGAGAGAUUGAGAAUAUGUUCUGGUAUGUCUUCGGCAUGUUCACCAAUUCUCUAACAUUUUCGGGCAAAUAUUCAUGGAGUAAUACGAAAAAGGUUUCAACUCGGUUGCUGAUCGGUUCAUAUUGGAUAUUUACUAUCAUUAUAACGGCUUGUUAUACUGGCUCGAUUAUAGCGUUUGUUACUUUGCCCGCAUUUCCGGAAACUGUGGAUUCGGUCAUGGAUUUGUUGGGACUAUUUUUUCGUGUUGGCACUUUGGAUAAUGGAGGUUGGGAGAGCUGGUUCCAGAACUCUUCACACGAACCCACUAUGCGUUUGUUUAACAAAAUGGAAUACGUUUCCACACUGGAAGAAGGCAUUGGCAAUGUGACGCAAAGUUUCUUUUGGAACUAUGCUUUUCUGGGAUCCAGAUCCCAAUUGGAAUAUAUGGUACAAGCCAACUUUUCAAAUGAAAAUAUUUCACGCCGUUCAGCUUUGCACUUAAGUGAGGAAUGUUUUGCUUCAUUUCAGAUAGGCUAUAUGUUUCCUAAAAAUUCGGUGUAUAUGAACAAGUUAAAUAACGUUAUAAUGUUGGCACAACAGGCUGGCCUGAUGAAUAAAAUCCAAAAUGAGGUUAAAUGGUCUAUGCAAAGAUCAAAUAUGGGCAAAUUGUUGCAAGCAAGUUCUUCAUCUCCUUUAAGAGAGUCAAUACAAGAGGAAAGGCAAUUGACAACGGCUGAUAUUGAGGGCAUGUUUCUGCUUAUGGGCAUAGGCUAUACCGUGGGAGCUAUUGCUUUGGUUUCCGAAAUAGUGGGUGGCAUAACAAAUAAAUGCCGUCAAAUUAUUAGGCGAUCUCGUCAAUCAUUCUCCAGCAAUUUUUCUUCGAAACGCAACAGUGAAUUUGCGCAUGCCGCCAGGGAAGUUGCUCGAAAAGCUGCUCAGAAGGAGGCGCAAAAAACACACCAGGAUUUUGUGGGUUUUGGUAAAAGGCAAUUUAAUUUAACCAAAACUACCUUAAAGGAACUAUACGGCGACUAUAAUAAGUCUCAGCCGGAUUAUGUACUUAAAGAUGGUCAAAUUAUAGUAGAAGAUCCGGAGGAUUCAGACAUUUCGAUGGAGACACCAACUAGAGAAUCUAGUGCAGAAACAAAAUCAUCUUUAGUAAAUGAAAAAUUCACAGAAUAUACAGAAGAAUUUACCAAAGAUAAUAUCGAAAAGGUGGUGGAAAGUUUUCUGAAUGAAGAAAUCGAAAAAGCUUUAAGAUCGUUUGAUCAUACUUUAAAGCAUUAUCACAAGGACAGCUCUCAAGAGUGUAAUGAGUUGGAAGAGGAGGUUUUUGGUAGUUUUGUUCAACCCAAGCAGGAACAGUUUGAAACAUUGGAUAAUUUGAAAUUAUUUAAAGAGCAAACUGAUUUGUUAGCACUAGAUGUUCAUGAGACUGUUGAAGGAAAUGCAGAUAAUGAAGAUGAAGAAGUAAAAUGCACUGAAAAUAUACAAAAUGAAAAGAUGGAUAAAAAGGAAAAUUAG